AUGCCUAGGCAACAUUAUUCUUGCGACCAGUGUCGACGGUCCAAAAGGGCAUGCGAUGCUCCCCAGCUAGAGGUUCCCGCACAGUUGAACGGGGAGCAUGCUGCCUCGAUAUUGAGUGGGAAUCUCCAAGCGCCAGAGACCAAGCAAUGCUCGUACUGCCGGAGGACGGGCAAGACGUGCACCAUGAACUGGGCCUGGCAGCAGAUCCAAGUGUCGUUGGCGCUGCAGGCCGCUUCCCGCCAGCACCUGACGCCGACGAAAUCGCAGAAGCGUGGGUUCGCCGAUGACGUGGACGCUCGCGGCUAUGGUAUAAGCACGACGACAGGAAUCCCCGACGUCGGCAUCGGAGAGGUCUCGAUGCUCCCGGAUGCAGAUCUCGGCAGCGUCAUGUCGGCCCCAAUGUCGGAUGAUCUGUUCGAUCUGCAGUCCCUCCACGCAGACGCGAGCUUUCCUUUUCCGCCACAGCCGAUCCCGUCUCUGGAAGGGGGCAUGCCGUUCGACUUGUCGGAUCCAUUUGCCCCGGCGUUCCCGACCACAGCGACAACGUACCAGCACCCAGGAUCUGAUCACUUGGAAUAUAAUCCACAGGUGGACAGCGCACCUGGGUUCAAUCUUAGCCCUUCGCUGUCGUGUUCCUCAUCAUUCUCCCCACACCAGCCAUCAGCCCGGUCAUCCAGCUUCGCCAGCUUCACCAGCUCCGGCGGCAGCAGCAGCGGCGGCAGCAGCAGCAGCAGCAGCAGCGAUCUGCAACGUAGCAACAAGCGCCGCCGCCGCCGCUACACGCCCGAAGAAACCACUUCCACCACCACAUCGUCCUCCCCCUCGUCGAUGGCUCUGUGCUCCACCUCGCCCAUCUCCCGCUUCUCCAUCGACCAGCGGAUGAUGGCCUCGGCGACGACGGCCUCCAUCUCCUCGGGCCUGCUGCAGAUCUACCACGACGUGCUGGAGCACAACCUCUCGUGCUGGCUGACCGAGGGCACCUGCCCCUACAAGGGCGUCUCCCGCCGCGAGGACGCCCUGCGGCUGGCCGAGUGGGGGCCCAACUGGUCCAACCGCGUCCUGCAGCGCACCGUCAAGCUCGACCGCGCCGCGAGGGAGGUGGGGCUGGUCAGGACCACCAAGGCCCAGGACCGGGCGGCCAGCAGGGCGCUGCACUCUGCCAUCAUGGCCUUUGCGACGCAGUGGGCGCAGGGCAGUCGGCGGCAGCGCCGGCGGUACAGGUCGAGGUUGUCGUCGUCGUCGUCGUCGUCGUCGUCAUCGUCGCCGGAUUCGUUUGCUGGUGCGUCUUCUUCGUCGUCGUCCCCGUCUUCGUCUUGCUACUCCGACGGGGACGACAUUGAGCGCCAAAUGACCGAGGAGUUUGACAGGAGCAUCCAGCGGCACUUUUGGGCGCAGGCGAGGGCGGCGCUGGACGACGUCGCGCACCUCGAGUCGUACAAGGUUGCGUGUGCGGAGCUGGUGUUUGGGCUCGCGCAGAGGCCCUGGGGAGAGGAAGACGAUGACGAUGAAGACGAGGAUCGGGGCGCCGGGUUCGGUGUUGGGUCUGAGUGGGAUCUUGGAUCUGGGUCUGGAGCUGGUGGUGGUGGUGGGCGGCAGGCUGAUCCUUUUGAUACGACGUCUCUCAUGACCGAGAUCGAUAGGGUUCUGGAAAAGGAUGGGCCGCCGGUUUACAUAGAGCGGGCCAUGCGGCGGGUGCAAGCUCUCAAGCGACGCUUCGAGGCGUCAUCCAAGGGGUGGGCAGGUUCACAAUCACCACAACAUCAGCAGCAGCAGCAGCAGCAGCAGCAUCAUCAUCAUCACAAUCAUCAUCACAAUCAUCAUCAUCAUCAUCAUCAUUAUGCACAGUACGGCAGCGGCGCGUUCAACCAGCAAAGACUCGAGCAAGAAGACGAAAAAACAAUCGGGCUCCUCUACUGGCUCGCCGUCAUGUUCGACACCGUCUCCUCAGGCAUGAACGAGCGCCCACUGUCGGUGACGGACGAGGACAGCCAACACGACCGCGUCGCGGAGCAGCGCGACAAGAACAAGGACGACGGGCCCGACGGCACGUCGUCGCGCGGCUGGAAAGUGGAGCUCUUUAUCGACGACGACGUGGCCCGGCCGAGGAUGCGAACGACAUGGCCGUGCAGCUACCAGGACGCAGCCGAGGCGGUCACGCGCUCGGCCCCCGCCAAGGUGCUCCUGUACCGGCACCUGGCGCACCUGCAGACGGUGCUGCUGCAGCAGACGUCGGCGGGACCCGAGAAGGUCGAGGCGGCCAUCGCGCGGGCGGCCGGGCUGCACCGGUACUGGAACGUGACGCACGGGGCCUUCUUCCGCGACCUGGUGCGGCACUACCGCGACGUGCCGGCGCGCAUCCGCAGCUGGUUCGUCUGCAUCUCGGCGCACUGGCACCUGGCCGUGCUGAUGCUGGCGGACCUGGUCGAGUUUGCCGACGCGCGCGGGCGGGGGCUGGCGGUCGAGGCGGACGCGCGCCGCGGCGCCGGCAUGGUGGCCAACAUGCGGGCCGGGAGCGCGGCUGAGCUGGCGGACCUGGCGAGGGUGUCGACGCCGGCCGCCUUGGACGCCGGGCCGGGGUCGUUUGAGGCCGCCCCCGAGAUGCCGGGGCUGCAUCACGCCGUCAACGAGGGCACCAUCAUGACGGAGCCGUGGACCGUCAUCCUGAUACGGGCCUUCUCGCGCGCGGCCGUGCUGAUGAUGACGCGCGACGCCGGGUCCCGUAGGCAGUACGGCCUCGGGCCGGCCGGAGACGGCGCCGGCAGGAGCGGGGUGGAGCACUGCAUCCGGGCGCUGUUUUACCUGGGGAGGAAGUCGGACAUGGCCAUGAAGGUGGCCGACGUGCUAGAGGAUGCGUUGGUGAGGACGCGAGGGGAUUGA